AUGCGGGUGAUUGUUGGUCGCUGCGAGGGUCUGGCCUCUCACCUUCUCUUUCCCUCGUGUCGCCCUUCCAUCUGUCAUCACACCCAUAGCCUGCGUCCUAUUGCAGCUUCUCCCCCUCAGUUGGCACGAUGGUUUAACACCAGCGAAUCUCUGGCUUCCUGGAGCACCGGGUUCCUUCCAAAGGCCAAUGUUGGCAAUCUUCAGCCGGAAAUCAAUAUACCCCUCAAUAAACUUCCAGACCAUGGAGCACCCGGUUCGGACAACAUUGACCGGACUGCCCUGGAAAGGGAACUCUAUUCAACAUUGGAAAGCGGCCAACCUGACCAGAUAAUGGCUGCUCUACUUAACUAUGACUACGCAGCGUUAGUUGCUACGAUGCCGCAAAGCGUUUUUACGGAAGCAUUCAACUCCCUUUCUCCCGCAUAUUUUGUUGAGCCCUUCAAAGCACUUCACCGACCGCUACACCCAUACACCGUCGAGCUCAAAAAAUUCAAGUCCCCGGACGCGAUCUUCAAUGAUUUUGUUAGAAAUCUGUCUGCUAUUGUUCGAGUACGGCGAUCGGCAGGUUCUACUCUAGGUCUCGCUGAGUACUCUCAUCUUCUCGACUGCGCUCGGUCUGUGGGCGACGCGGUGAUGGCAGAUCACAUCUGGCAUUCCAUGAAGCGGGACGGCAUCCUCCCUGACAUCCACUGUUACAACCACUAUAUGGAAGCCAAAGUUUGGAAUUCAGCUUAUACUGGUAAAGAGAAAUACCAUCUCCGUGUGACACCUUACUCCUAUAAGAAGCGAAAGUUUCAAGAUCCCGGUUUUGAGGGCUAUGGAACGGCGUCGCGAAGUGUACGAAAAGAAGUGAAUGAAAUAUUUGAUGAGAUGACAGAGGCAGGCAUCGAAGGCACUGAAGCGACCAUGGUAAAUCUCCUUCUGGCAUCCGCUCGUGUCGGACACAAGACCGCGUUGAGAGAUAUUCUGAAAACCAUCUGGAGCGUCGACGUUGACUUAUUGACGACCCAUUACCCCGGCGAAGUCACCAAGUACGAACGCACCUCACCUUUAUACCCAUCGGGUCGCCUUCUAUAUGCGGUAGUCCAUGCGUUUGGUUCAAACAGUGAUAUCUUCAGUGCACUACGGCUCGUCGAGCAUAUUUCUAAGUCUUAUGACAUAGAAGUUCCACACUCAGUCUGGGCCGAGUUGUUUGAGUGGGCUUUUGUUUUAUCACGUCAUACCAACACCAACUACAAAAUUUUAGAAGGAGGCCCACUUCACACUCGAGUCCUCUUAGAUUUGUUCGAGAAGAUGACAACGGAGCACAAUGUGAAACCAACAGUGGAAACGCACACAAAGCUCGCGGUACCUGCAUGGUUAUAUAAUCAUGUGAGAAUCUUUUUAAACAAUAUGCGUGCUGCAUACAAGAUCAUGGAUGAGACAAGACGGAAGAAGAUAACUGCGCGAAGAAUGGUCGAGUCGCACUUACGACACCCUCGCAUCGAUGGUAAAAAUAUCGAUCCUCAGAUUCUACGCUCACGAGCAUUUGCGGAUGCUGUGCACACCUACGAUGUUCUUCGGCUUCAAGUCAUGCAGCAGACAAGCAUGAUCGAACGUCUCGUGCGCCUCCUUAUCGCCAAACACGAUUGGGUUGGCCCCAACUGGAGAGCUUGGGAACGGCAAUUACUACCUCGGUUUGUCGAGGAAUGGAGAGACUUCAUUCCAGAUACGCUUCACUGCUGGACGCAUACAGGCAGGGUCCACUUUAAUGGCCUCAUCGAGUUCGGCCAAGGUCGCGUGACCAACCAACGAACUAUACAAGUUCGCCGACCCUCAAUCAACGACGAUUUCACCCCGGACCCAGAUUAUGAUAACGAGCUGGAGGACGAUGUCGUGUGGGCUUCGUUGCGCAGAAGCAUAAGCCCCGAAGAUCUCCAAACUCAUUUGCUCAAGCGACUCUUUGAACCCGUUCCCUUGGAAUAUCGUGAUUACUACCCCACCUCACUGAGUUAUGACGAGGGUAUUUAUCCUGAUGAACAUAUCAAUGAGAAAAUGCAUGGUAAUAUUGAGAAUGGAUAUGUCCCAGCACCGUCACCGGCGCAAUGGCCUCACCUGGUGUCUUUUUCACGCGAGCAGAAGGAUGAAGCGCUUAAGGAGACAUUUGGCCCCUGCCGUGAAGCAAAGGACGGGGACGACGGAUGCUAUGAGCGAAGUUCAGCGAAGGCGAUUCUCUCUUAA